CGCAUUUAUAUUCUAGACACGUGGUUAUGUUACAAUAGCAUUAACAAUGAUGUUGAUAGAUGUCGCCACCUACUGAAGAACAUAAUAUAGGAUUCCAAAAUUAGUAUUUAUCAAAAAAUGUGGCAGUAUAUGGAAAAUCGUAGAGCAUCAGUUUUUGUCAAGACUUACGAGGAUGGUAUAAAACGUGUUAUAGAUGGAAAUUACGCUUUUCUUAUGGAGUCAACCAUGCUCGAUUAUGUAGUACAACGGGACUGUAAUUUAACACAAAUUGGUGGGCUUCUAGACUCUAAAGGUUACGGUAUUGCAACUCCAAAAGGUUCAUCUUGGCGUGAUCCUAUGUCUUUGGCUAUCUUGGAACUACAGGAAAAGGGUAUCAUACAAAUAUUAUAUGACAAAUGGUGGAAAAAUACGGGCGAUGUCUGCAAUCGGGAUGAAAAAAGUAAGGAAUCGAAAGCAAAUGCAUUGGGCGUAGAAAACAUAGGUGGUGUUUUCGUCGUACUGCUUUGUGGCUUAGCUUUAGCAGUUGUCGUUGCUAUUUUAGAAUUUUGUUGGAAUUCCAAGAAAACGAUACAGCACACCGAAAACCAAUCUUUGUGUUCUGAAAUGGCUGAAGAGCUGAGGUUUGCCAUGCAUUGCCAUACAUCGAAGCAACGUCCGUCUCUAAAGCGUAACUGUGUCAAAUGUGCACCGGAUUCUACGUACGUGCCUGUCGACUUGGGAAGUGGUAUACCAAAUAUUAGUGGAGUGCAUUACAAUUAUUUUAAUUAGGAUUUAAUAAAUUUUGAUGAAAAAUAAUGGUAUUUCAUUGUAAUAUUUCACAUAUGUACGUAUAUAGAAAUGUAAAUUUAAGUGUUCGUUAAUUUAUUUAGGCUAAGCAAUGAAUUUUAAGAAUCCUUCACAAAGGUAAUCGUAUAAAAAUGGAAUAUGUAAAAGGUGUUUUUAAAAAUAAUGAGAACUUAAAAUGAUAUACAGUUAUAUUUCUGUUAAGCAAAUUUGACUUUAUUUAUUUUAUUUUGAGAUUUAACGUAAAAAUGAAAGUCUCCAAUUGCUCGAUUAUUUGAAAGAGCUUUGGGCAUUCGAGAAAGAGUUUGCUCAAAAGAUUUAUAAGCAAUAUCGGAUGUAGUUCAAAUACAUAUACAUACUCGAAGUUCUUAAAUUGUCCGAUAAAUUGACUGCUGGGGAGUCCUCUGCGUUGGAAAACCUUUAUCGCCUUAUUUUAUUCAAACAUUAGCAACCCGGACCUUGUUUUUCACAUGUUUAUCGUGAAAUAAGCGUUAUAAAUUAAUUAUAUUUAAUGAAUUAUACUUAAAAGUAAUGUUUUGGAAUAUUUCGAUGCGAUGGUCCAAACGGUGCAAAUGAAUAAAAUAUCACCCAAUUAAAUGAACUCAAAUAAGUAUUUAUACACCUGUACAUAUGUAUAUUUAAAUUGCGUUCUAUUAAAUUUAGUAUAAAGUCUCAAUGUAUACAAUAUUCGCAGCUUUUACACCAGGAGUCAAACGUAUAAACUUUCUUUAUUUGAAAUUGAAAUUAAAAAACGUGAGCCAAGAAGCACCGAGAGAUUUAUAACUCCUAAAACACUUAGUCUAAAAACCCCAUAGUACUUAAAGCUCUGAAAAGUAAAAGGGUAAAUAGUCAAGGAGGAAAGGAGAGAAAACACAAAGGAGCCAGAGAAUUUCCCAGAUUCUUUGGCAAAUCUGAAAAUAUCCAGUCCUCUACCAAAGGCAGGACACUCAUAAAGAAAAUACUCAGUGCUAUCCACCUCCUCUAAGGAAAACAGGCAAAUCGGGUCCUCAAUGAUUCCAAUGGUGGUCAUAUGCUGACCCCAUGGGUUGUGUCCUGUAAGAAUACCGACCAUCAACCGAACGUCAUUUCUUCCAAGUUUGAGAAGAAAGCUCGACAGUUUUCUGUUAGGGCUCGUCACAAACACUCUGGUUUAUCUGUGUGAAUAAGUCUGAGUUUUACACCCUAUCAUCCACCUUAUCCUGGACUCGAUAGUGAAUUUGCCGCAGAUGUAGGUGUACACAAAUAUAAUUGGCCAUGUAUAGAAAUUGUGAUUUCAGGUCCAACCCGGUAACAUUAAAUGUUUAUCUUUGAGCUUUAUUUAUUAUCACUGCUAAGCUUAAUUUGACUGGGAACUGGAUUUAUUUAAAUUAAAAUAUAACAUUUCAUUGUAAGUGUGAAACGACGUGUUUUUUAAUU